AUUUGGUACGCAGGUAAACAAAACCGGAUGAUUGUUUCUAUCUUCCAAAAAGACUUUAUAAGGGCUGUAAUAUCGUCUCAUUCCUCAAUUCAGGUGUUCGGAAUCAGAAUCAAGUUUGUCGCCAAGUCGGUUCUCGCGUACAAGGCGUGUGCUUGAGCAGUUGAGAAGAAAAGGGAGAGACUCUAAAAUCUACAAGUUUGAAAAACGUAGAUUUAAUGAAGUCGGUGUUGUCGUCUGCAACGCAUUGCCAUGUCGAGGAAGCAGCUGGGAAAGCCUGCACGCGGGAACAGGAAGUGUGAGGUGGAGAGAAAGAGGGAUGAACGUGCAGCCCGUAGGGCUCUGGCCAAAUACCGGAAACAAAUACCUCCAGAGGAGGAUGAAGGAGAGGAAUUUGUCAGUUUCUCCAACCAACUCGAAGCACUUGGUCUCAAACUGAGAGAGGUUCCAGGAGAUGGAAACUGUUUGUUCCGAGCACUGGCGGAUCAGCUGGAGGGACACUCGCAAGGUCACUUGCGUCUACGUCAGGAGACUGUUCAGUAUAUGACAUCUCACCGGCAGGACUUUGAACCUUUCGUUGAGGAUGAUGUGCCAUUCGCUAAGCACGUGUCCGAGCUUGCAAAGCCAGGUACCUUUGCAGGCAACGAUGCAAUAGUGGCCUUUGCUCGCAGUCAGCAGGUGAAAGUGGUCAUCCAUCAGCUGAAUGCUCCAUUGUGGGAGAUAAACGGAUCAGAAAAGCCAUUAUGUCAGGAGCUUCAUAUCGCGUACCUUUACGGUGACCAUUAUGACAGUGUCCGGCAUAUUGGAGACAACUCCGAAAGCCCCACCCGUCUGCGUAUAGCGAAUCUAAAUAAUUCAAGACGGUUCAGUGAUGGUGAGAAGGACAAGCAGAAAUCUCCCUCCUCCUGCCACUCUCCCUCUGAUGAUGAUUACGAUGUUAUCCUUAAUUCCCUGAAGAAUACUUGCCUAAACAGUCGAAAGGUAAAUCUGUGCCAAUCAAGUGCCACCUCACAGAAGUGCCAUGCAGAAUGGCUUGAACCUGAGCAGAGGAAACCAUCGUCGUCCUGUGACUUUGGAACAGGGAAACACCUCAAGAAUAAGAGUGAACGUAGUGACCGUGUGUGUCCACCUGAGAGCAGUACCACACACAAAUCCAAGCUGCCAAAUAAACAGAGGAAAGAGCAACAGCGUUUAGAGAAGAAGAGGAGGCAGGAGGAAAGACACAGACAGAAGGUUCUUCAGAGCAGAGGUUCACAUGACCAGAAUCAGAAUGCGCCUGAACUGGUUACACUUGUGCCUGCUCUCAACACACUAAGCAUCUAAAAUAAAGUUUUUCUUGGACAAACAAUUCUAAAAGGUGGCACUUCUGCUUUGUAGUCAGUUAUCCAAGUAUGGCAAGACAUGGGUAAGUUCUACAUUGUGUAUAUGUGGAAGAUGUGAUCAAGUGCAUGGAAAUGUAUUCUGAUUUUAAACCCUGCCAUCUUAAUGACAAUAAGAGGAAAUUCUCUCUUUUUGGGGAAAAGCAUCAUGGGUAUGUGCUGUGGUUGCCUUAGCUAAACUUGUGGCGCUUUUUUUUUGUAAAUUCACUGUUAUUUUAGAACCAAAGAACAGUCUAAAUUGUAAUUGGGCAGUAUGGAAAUUAUUAUACAUUACGAUUGAUGGUGAAUUGAAAAAUUGUUCGUUCUUUUGACUUCUCCUGAUACAUGGGUGGUGGUUGUUGUUGUUGUUGUUGUUUGGUUUACUUUUUACGUUCACUUACAGAGGAUUUACCAUCUUUAUAUUUUGAAACAUGCUGUAACUAAAUAUGGGCAAGCAUUCAGUAUUUCAUGUGAGGGGAAAUAAUUCAUUGCACAUUCAUACCCUGAAGAAUUGUUGUGUAAUAUAGUCACAAAUGAGCGAGCAUCAGUUUUUUACAGAAGUGGAAAUUUUAUUUAUUUAAAGUCAACAAUAAAAUUUGGGGAGUCUUGUACAUCA